AUGAAACUUAUUGGUAACAAACAUAUUGGAAUACAUCCCACAGCUUGUUCAAGACGUUCUACACAAAUCGGUGGAAGAAAAAAUUUAGCAGCAGGGAGAGUCCCUAAAUGGAAACGUGUUACUGAACAUGGGUACACACAAAAACCAUCUUCAAGUAAGCUACCUAGGACAAAACUUAAUAUAAAAUCAUUCAAUCCAUCAGAGUUGCCAUUAAAAAUAUCAAAAGCCCCUCAUAAACUUUCUCAUUGUGUCGAACAAAAUAAAUCAUUAGGAUCAAAUCAUUAA